AUGGGAGGAUUCAAUGGUGGUGGAAAUGGAUCAUUUUAUAGUUUAACCUAUACAUAUGGUGGUGGAGGUGGUGGUGCAAGUGAUAUUCGCCUUGAAACAGACUCAUUUAACACUCGAAUAAUAGUUGCAGGUGGUGGAGGGGGGUCAGGUCACGGAGAAUCUUCAACCAGUGGUACAGGUUAUAAUUAUCACAAUCCAGGAGGUGCAGGAGGUGGUUAUGAAGGCUGCAAUGGAAUAUAUAAUCCAUCUUAUUUCGGUAUUAAUAUUUCUGGUGGUACCCAAUUUUAUCCUGGCCCCAAAAGUGGCUUAUCUUCUACAGCAGGAUUUGGAUAUGGAGGCUCAAAUAAAGCAACAGACUAUGUUUAUAGCGGUGCAGGAGGCGGAGGUGGAUGGUUUGGAGGCUCAGGAUCCUAUGGAAAGGGAUUUGGUGCUGCAGGAGGCUCAGGAUAUGUUCUUACAAUGGAUUCGUAUAAACCAAUUGAAUAUAUCUAUAAGAUUGAAUACUUUUUGAGAAAGGCAUCAAUGAAGACCGGAGUUCAUUAUGGAAAUGGUGCAAUUCGAAUAACAAUCUUAGAUUAUAUUGGGAAAUAUAAUAAUAUUAAAUUUCGUGGAUGUGGUACCCCAGGUUUUUCUUAUUCCCAAAUUGUUUCACUUAUAACAUUACCAACUGUUGUUUAA